AUGGCUAAAUUUUCCUUUACAUCUUCCUUGAUCUUUACCUUCCUUUUCCUAGCUCUUGAUUCAACUCCUGUGACAAUUGCAUCGUUUGCUUCCACAUCUGCUGCCUCCAAUCAGCUCAACUUUUGGUCUAAAAAUGUACUCAAUAAUAUGCCUGAAUCAGUUUUGUCAAAAUUAUCACCGCUGUCUAAGCGUGAUUCUGAUUAUUUUGCUUCUUUAGUAUCCAAACAAUCACUCUCUUCUGAUCAUGCCAAAUUUUGCUCCAUGGCUAAUUUGGCUUGUUCAGUUUUGCCUGGAAAGUUUCAUAAACUUGAUGAUGGAUACAACAGCGGAUACGGCGGCCGCACAUUUCAUGCCGAUGAGGCUGACCCCAACUCUUUCUUUAGGCUGUCAAUCCUGGAACCAGGGAAUAGAGUUCACCUCCCAAAUUUGAAUAAUCAAAUUCCUCGUCGCUCUUUUCUUCCUUCUCAAAUUGCAUCAAAGAUAUCCACUAGCUCUAAUGAUCUCCAGAAAAUGUUUCCUGAGUCUUUUACUUCUCCUGCAACAAAAGAAGCCAUUGAAACUAGCCUUCUGUACUGUAGUUCACCAGCUCUAAAAGGGGAGAUUAAGGGCUGCCCAAAAUCACUAGAAGACAUGAUAGAAUUCUCAAAGAAAGUUUUAGGUGUAAAACAGUUGGUUGCAUUAACUUCCAAAAGUACAAAAGGGUCAGGAAAAGAGCUAAUAAUUGGAAACAUAAAGCAAUUUGAUGCUGAAAAAGUUGUCUCAUGUCAUGAAGUUUUCUUCCCAUUUGCAGCCUACUUUUGCCAUUUGAUCUCCUCAACUCAUCUUUAUGCCGUUGAUUUGGUGGAACCCGAAACAAGAGCUCCUGUUAAUAAAAUCCUUGCAAUAUGUCACAUGGAUACAUCAUCGUUCUCAGCGGAUCAUGUGGCCUUCAAGAUUCUUAAAGCCUCUCCUGGACAAACCGAGGCAUGCCACUGGUUUUCAAAAAUUGAUCUUGCUUGGCUUGCUAAUGCGGAGAUCUAG